GAACUGAGUAUUGACAAGGAUGGUACUCUGAAGAAAGUAAACACAGGGUGACAGAGUUGACAAGAUAUCCCAUUCCACAAUUUCACUAGCUGGUUAAAACAAAAAUUUAAAAACAACGUUCAUACUUCAAUAAUAUUGUUUUGCAGAAAAUGGAAAUAACAACAGCUGUUUUAGUGAUAGUAUUUGUAUACAUAUUAUCCCUUAUGAUAAAAUGGGCUUUCAAAAGGCACCAAAGGCUUAAAUUGUUUGUAAAAUAUGGCAUACCUGGACCGAAACCAGACUUUUUGGGUGGUAAUAUGUAUCAGAUAAGAAGACAACCACCCAAUGAAGCUAUCACAAAAUGGCUGAAAGAAUACGGUAAUGUCUUCGGCUACUUCAUCGGAGGUGAACCGUACUUAGUUGUGAAUGAUCUGGAAAUGUUGAAACAGGUUAUGAUCAAGGAUUUCCACGCAUUUGGAAACAGACCUGAGAUGUUCAUUGAUACAAAACCAUUAAACAAGACUCUUUUAGCAUUGAAGGAUCAAAGAUGGAAAGAAGUACGCGGAUUCAUCACUCCUACCUUCAGCUCUGGAAAAAUCAAACUGAUGACUCAGAUUGUCGACAAAAAGGUAGAUGUAACGAUUGCAGAAGUUUCAAAGAAGGCUGAAAACAACGAAAUGUUCGACAUAUACGAACUGAUACAGGGACUUACGUUAGACGUGAUUGCGGACUGUGCUCUUGCCAUGAAGACUCAUUGUCAAGAAAACCCUAAAGACCAGUUCCUGAUUGCCGUGCGUGAUUUCUUCCGUUACUCUCAGAAUGAAGCUGUUGAUCUCGCCAUUAUGUUUCCUUUCGUGGCCAAAAUAAUGGGGUUUAUUGCUGACCACAUGACUGCUGGACAGAUGACUUCGCUGAUUGUAGACAAUGUUAUGAGCGUCAUCAAAUCAAGAAAGCAAAAUCCUAAUGUUAAAAGCAUUGACCUUUUACAAUUGAUGCUGGAUCACCGAAAAAAUGAUGAUGAUGAAAGCGUUGCCGGCAUGACUGACGAAGAGAUAGUGGCUAAUGCUUACGUGUUCUUGUUAGCUGGCUACGAAACGACUGCCACAGCUCUUGCCUUCACCUUCUAUUUGCUGAUAACUCAUCCUGAAAUUCAAGAACGUCUUCAACAAGAAAUAGACGCAGCUGAGGACUCUAGCUAUUCAACUGUGCAAAAUUUACAGUACCUGGACCAAGUGUUCACUGAAUCCCUUCGCAUUUAUCCACCUGUUACAGGAUUUGUUUCAAGACUGUGUGAUGAGGACCAUGGAAUCGGGAAAUAUACAGUUCCAAAAGGCACCGUUGUCAUCGCUCCUGUGUGGGAUAUUCACCACAAUCCGGAAUACUAUCCGGAUCCUUGGAAGUUCGAUCCAGAUCGGUUUUCACCCGAAAGGAAAGGAUCUGUCAACACCAUGGCUUUUCUACCUUUUGGUGCCGGUCGUAGAAACUGUAUUGGCGCACGAUUCGCACAGUUAGAAGCCAAACUGGCGCUUUUUCGACUACUGAAAGAGUUUACACUUGAAAAGUGUGAAAAAACGGAUGAUCCUCUUACUCUUAUAUGUCCAACAGUUAUCAUUAAUCCUGUGAAUGGUAUCUGGUUGAGAGCUGUACCUAGACUGAAGGAUGGAAUCUACAAACACAAUUCUGUUGGUUAUUCUGAGCUGCGUCUCCAUCAUCUUGCUGCAAUGGCUUUCGAAAAGAUUCAGAACGCAUCGCUUGCUAAGGUGAUGAUUGAUGAUUUCCAAACAUUCCACAGUCGACCAUACAUGUUCAAGGAUAUGAAACCCAUGAACAAAACUUUGAUUGGUCUGAAAUACGAGCGUUGGAACGAAGUUACCAUCGCUGUCGAUUUGAUCAUCGAAAAGUACGAAAAUAAUGAAAUAUUUGAUAUUCAUGACCUUUUCGAACGACUCACUCUGGGAAUAAUUGCUGAUUGCGCAUUCACAAUGAAGUCGCGCUGUCAAGUACACCCUGGAGACAACCUCCUACUUCGCGUUCGAGAAUUCAUGCGGAAUAGCCAUUCUCGAUUGACAGAGUUCGGAAUAAUGUUCCCGAUCAUUGCAUCACUUAGAUCCUUCAUAACAAAUCACAUAACAGAACACAGUCGAAUGAACACGACUAUUCUGGAAAACCUGAGUGCCAUGAUCAUUGCCAGGAGGACGAACAGAAAUCUCAGAAGUCUUGAACUUGUCCAGCUCAUGGUGAAUGAGAGUGACAAAGACCGAGGAAGCAGCACCAAAUUGACUGAAGAGGAAGUCAUAGCUAAUUGCUAUAUGAUAACCCUUAUGGCCUAUGAAACAACUUCUGCAGCAUUAACAUACAUAUUCUAUUUAUUAAUCAAGCAUCCCGACAUUCAAGAUCGUCUCUGUAAAGAAAUAGAUGCUGCUCCCGAUGAAUUUACUUUUCAAGAACUGCAAAGUUUUCCUUACUUGGAUCAAGUUUACAAAGAGUCUUUAAGACUUUAUCCACCAGUGACAGGAUUUGUUUCCAGAAUAUGCCAGAAAGAUCACAAAGUUGGUUCCUUCGUUUUUCCUAAGGGUGCAGCAGUACAAAUUCCAGUUUGGAACUUGCACCACGAUCCAGAAUUAUGGCCUGAUCCAUGCAAGUUCGAUCCAGAAAGGUUUUCGCCAAGCAAAAGAGGGUCCAUUAAGCCCAUGUCUUACAUGCCUUUCGGUGAAGGUCCAAGAAACUGUAUUGGCAUGUACUACGCUGAGUUGCAGGUCAAAUUGACUGUAUUUAGGUUGUUCGAAACUUUCAGGUUUGAACCGUGUGAAAAGACUGAAGAUCCUAUUUCGUUAGUGACUCAUACUUUGUAUACUAAUCCAGCUAAUGGUCUGUGGGUUCGAGCCAUACGCAGGAAAUUUCCAAAACUAAUUGGUUGAUGAAAAAGCUUAUAGGUUUAAACAAAUGAUUAGUUUUCCACUAUGCUAUUACAUUAUUUAAAUAAAAAUACUGGUUGUUAUUGAGCAGAGCUUUAAACAUGUAUCUUUUUUUUUCAACUAUCAAUAAAUUACUUUUUGAAGGAAA